AUGACGUCGGAUUCCCGAUCAGCCCAACCACGCAGCAGUGGCUCUGGCUCGUCGAGAAACCUCCCCAUCCACCCCGGCAAGCAAAAGCCCACGGCACAGACACCAGCACGAAUCCAAACCCAGUCACUGCACGUGGCAGACCCUUUCCUCUCUGACUUUUUGAACCCUUCCUUUGACCCCGUGGCAUACCUCAACUCCGUCCUCCCGCCCCUGCAGACCAGCAGCGGCCGCACCUCGGCAACGGCCUCUGCGCGCCAAGCGGCCAGCUCCGGCGGUGGCGGCACAGCGCCGAAGCCUGUGCCGCUGGCCGAGCUGUCAUCGCAGGCCCAGGCUCAGAUAAACCAGCUCAACAUCCACACCACCCGCCUGGCCGCCACCCUCACCCAGCUGACCGAUGACAUCCUCCGCAGCGGCAGCCGGCUCGCGUACGAGGUCGAGCUGCUGCGGGGCGAGACCCUCGGGCUGGCCGAGACUUUGACUGAGGGGCUGAGUGAGGAUGUCGCAAAGUUUGUUCCCGGCGGUGUGGGGGCCGCCACAGCCGCAGCGGCAAGGCAGCAGCCGAGGGCAACGGCUGUGGCGCACGAUGAGGACUCGGGGAAUCAGCGCGGCGUCGAGGAGGAGCAGGGGGGUACGGCCGGGCCCGGGCCUUCGGACCCGCCCUACAUCACGCAGCUCCGCACCUUGACCCUCGUCAGGUCGCGGCUGGAGUCGGUCAUCAAGACAUUUGGCGACGCCAUGGAGUUUGUCUUCCCGCCGUCAGAGGUAUCGGUCAGCUCGGGAUUUCUAUCCGUCUCUGCUCCAGACCCUGGCAAGGAGGCGCACAGCACCGAGGAGAAGGGCCAGCAGGUGUUACGGGAUCUGCGGGAAGAGAUAUCCGGGCUGCUGGCCGUGUCCGAUCCCAAGGGUAUCGAGGACGCUGUUCACCGCAUAGAAGGACUCAAGGACUUGAACAAGGUUUGGCAUGGUACGGCGGAAGAGAAGGGUCGGACCAGGUUCCUGGAGAGCCUCGCGAAACUGGUCGAGGACAGGCAUCGUGAGUUGCUGAGGGAGCUCGAACAGGCCAAGAGGGAUGGCGAGAGGUCUGAUUCCGCUGCAGACGCAGGCAGUUCUGCAAAGAAGACAACAGCUGCCACCACUGCGAAUGCCAGUGAAAGUCGGGGCUACGGCGGAGGAUAUGGCUUUAUUAGCCAGCUACAGAAAAUCCGGGGUGGGCUAUGA